GUGCGGUGGGCGCCCCCGGGGGGAGGCAGCACCGGCACCGGCGGCGGUGAUGAUGAUGUUGUCGGCGGCGGCGGCGGCAGCAGCAGCAGCGGCCAAGAAGAAUAACAAUGAGGAGAGGCCGAGCUCCGGCCCCGAGGGUCUGGAGGCGCCCGCGGAGGGAGGUGGUGGAGGUGGAGGAGGAGGCCUGGCCUUGGCAGCAGCGGCGGCCGCCGCCGAGCGGACCCCGAAGAAGAAAGAGCGAGCGUCUCCCCACAGCAGCAGCAGCAACGAGGGCACCAUGGAGGGAGGCACGGCAGAGACCCCGGACGGCCGGAGGACCAGCAAACGCAAGCGAGCUAAAGUCGAAUACAGAGAGAUGGAUGAAAGCCUGGCCAACCUAUCAGAAGAUGAAUAUUAUUCAGAAGAGGAACGCAAUGCAAAAGCUGAAAAAGAAAAGAAGCAGGUGCCACCACCGCAGCCACCUCCACCUGAGGAGGAAAUUGAAAGUGAUCCAGAAGAACCAUCUGUGCAUUGGAGCAACAUCAAUCUGGCAGGGUCGAUCGCAGGUGUAGAGGGUGCUGCUUUCCAGAGUCGCCUACCUCACGAUCGCAUGACCUCACAGGAAGCAGCCUGUUUCCCAGACAUUAUCAGUGGUCCUGCACAGACCCAGAAGGUGUUUCUAUACAUCAGAAACCGCACAUUGCAGCUCUGGCUGGAUAACCCUAAAGUGCAGUUAACCUUUGAGGUAACUCAUCAGCAGCUGGAGUCUCCAUAUAACAGUGAUGCUGUACUGGUUCACAGGAUACACAGCUACUUGGAACGCCAUGGAUUAAUUAACUUUGGUAUCUACAAACGGGUGAAACCACUUCCAACAAAGAAGACGGGGAAGGUGAUAAUUAUUGGUGCUGGAGUGUCGGGUCUGGCAGCAGCUCGCCAACUGCAAAGCUUUGGAAUGGAUGUCACUGUACUGGAGGCAAGAGAUCGUGUUGGAGGUCGAGUAGCCACAUUUAGAAAGGGAAGCUAUGUUGCUGAUUUGGGUGCCAUGGUUGUAACAGGACUUGGUGGAAACCCAAUGGCAGUGGUUAGCAAGCAAGUGAACAUGGAGCUGGCCAAAAUAAAACAAAAGUGUCCCCUUUAUGAGGCAAAUGGGCAGGCUGGAGAAAGAUGCACAAACGUUCCCAAGGAAAAAGAUGAGAUGGUAGAGCAGGAAUUCAAUCGCUUGCUUGAGGCUACGUCUUACCUCAGUCAUCAGCUGGACUUCAACUAUUUGAAUAAUAAACCUGUAUCAUUAGGACAGGCAUUAGAAGUUGUCAUCCAACUGCAAGAAAAGCAUGUGAAGGAUGAACAGAUUGAGCACUGGAAGAAAAUAGUGAAAACGCAAGAGGAUCUGAAAGAAUUGCUAAAUAAGAUGGUAUCACUGAAAGAAAAGAUAAAAGAGCUACAUCAACAGUACAAAGAAGCCUCUGAAGUAAAGCCCCCACGUGACAUCACAGCAGAAUUUCUGGUGAAAAGUAAAUUGAGAGAUUUAACUGCAUUAUGCAAGGAAUAUGAUGAGCUUGCAGAAGCCCAAGUGAAACUAGAGGAGAAGCUCCAGGAAUUAGAAGCAAAUCCACCCAGUGAUGUUUACCUGUCGUCAAGGGACCGACAGAUCUUGGAUUGGCAUUUUGCCAACUUGGAAUUUGCUAAUGCAACACCUCUCUCCACACUUUCAUUGAAGCAUUGGGACCAGGACGAUGACUUUGAAUUCACAGGAAGUCACUUAACAGUACGAAAUGGUUAUUCUUGUGUCCCCGUUGCACUUGCAGAAGGUCUUGACAUUAAAUUAAAUACAGCUGUUCGACAAGUCCGUUAUACGGCCUCAGGAUGUGAAGUCAUUGCUCAGAAUACUCGUUCAAACAGCCAGACAUUUAUUUACAAGUGUGAUGCAGUUUUAUGCACUCUCCCACUGGGUGUCUUGAAGCAACAACCUCCAGCGGUUCAAUUUGUACCUCCUCUUCCUGAGUGGAAAACUUCUGCCAUUCAGCGUAUGGGCUUUGGAAAUCUGAACAAGGUUGUAUUAUGUUUUGAUCGUGUAUUCUGGGAUCCCAGUGUAAAUCUCUUUGGUCAUGUUGGAAGCACUACUGCCAGUAGGGGAGAGUUGUUCCUUUUUUGGAAUCUUUAUAAAGCUCCAAUUCUACUGGCUCUAGUGGCUGGAGAGGCAGCUGGAAUCAUGGAGAACAUUAGCGAUGAUGUCAUUGUUGGUCGUUGUCUAGCCAUCCUUAAAGGAAUAUUUGGCAGCAGUGCAGUCCCACAGCCAAAGGAGACAGUUGUUACUCGCUGGCGUGCUGAUCCGUGGGCACGUGGUUCCUAUUCUUAUGUGGCUGCUGGCUCUUCUGGUAAUGACUAUGAUCUAAUGGCGCAACCAGUGACCCCAGGUCCCAGCAUCCCUGGGGCUCCUCAGCCAGUCCCUCGUCUCUUCUUUGCUGGAGAGCACACUAUUCGCAACUACCCUGCAACAGUUCAUGGUGCUUUAUUGAGUGGAUUAAGGGAAGCCGGUCGAAUUGCUGAUCAAUUUCUGGGUGCAAUGUACACUCUUGCACGACAAGCAACGCCUGGUAUCCCUACCCAACAACCCAGUAGCAUGUAAUUUAUAAAAAGGCAAGAGUGCUAUGAUGGAAAUCAUUCUAUUGAAUUUCAUUGGGGGUUUAACAACAAAAGCUACUGUAGCCCUACAGCAGGCUCGCUGUAGACUUGAUGCACUGGUCUCAAACCUCCUUUGCUUCGUCUCCAUUACUGCCGAGUCUUUGGGGCAUCAUGACCACGAAACUGAGCCAAGUGGGACAGCUUACUUCGGCUGUGGAAGUGGGAGGGACACUCCUCACUAAGUUACAUAGUAACCCAUUCUAAUGCCUUGGGUAUACUGUAGCAUUAACUCCUGUGUAAAUGCAUCAGGCAUUUUGGUAGUGAGAGCAAGAGCGUGAGUGAUUGUGUUAUUAAGGUGUUUUUUUUUCCCCAGCCAUACUAGUAUGUGCUUUAGGAUAUUUUGAGUAUGAAUUUGCAGAAAUAAAACGUUUUGAUGUAAGGGUCAACAAUUCCAUAAGAAUGGCAUUUGAUUUAAUGUGUCGUUACUGUAAACACUAGGGCUGUUAAUGGAACAAGGUAGCUUCAUGUUGAGGUUUGUUCAGAUUGUAUUUUUUUUUUGUUACAAUGCUUACACUGCAUCAUCUAAGUUUGUGAGGAAUUUCUUUUGGACCAAUCUUACUUGCUGUAAUGAAUUUCACUGUAACCAUGUACCCUAAUUAACUCUGGUUACUUUGCACUCUAAAGUAUUUAAAAUACUCAGAUGGAGUUUACAUAUGUUACAACUACCAUUCUUGUUUUCGAAAAUGCUACCUAAAAAUGUGGUAUAAACUGGAAAACUGAUGUGUGGAGUAUAUUGAAAGUGCCCAGUGCAUCUAACUGAUGUUUAAUGGUCCAAAUUCACUCCUCUUUUGGUCCCAGAUGCUAUGUUUAAACCUCUUGUAAGGGCUAACAGUCUCUACCAAUGUCAGAGACCUGAGCACUGCAACAUAUGCAAAAGGGUAAAAUUGUGGGUUUCCCUUAUGUCACAAGGAAUGUUCCGACUGGCUGGCUGGACAAAAGGUUAUGUUUAAAGCUCCUUGUUUUUUGCACCUUAAAGUCAUCUCCAGGGGAAAUUUUUUCACUUCUUCAAUUUUGCAUCGCAGUAGAAUCCCUGCGUCCAAUUUUAUACCAACAAACAAUUUCACACACUAACUAGUGAAAUCCACUUGUAGUGACCUUGUGGAUGCAAUUAUCAAAUAGAAAUUGUCAAAUCCACUUUUAUGAACUUGCAGGAUGUCGUUGAAUAAAUGAAUAGUAUUAGUUAUGAUGCUUUACACAGCUUGUGACCUUGGCACUCUUAAAGUUGCCCCACUUUUACAUUCCAUCUGUUUUCUGCCCAAGACCAGCACUCUAUUCAGUUGCCUCUGUUUUUGGAUUUGGAAUGUGAAUGACACCAGCAAAAGCAUAUUUAAUCAUCAAAGGGUGAUGGUGCGUCUCUUAUUGAUCUUUUUGCAAUCAAGUUAUUAGUCCAUGUCAGAGACCAAUUUAAAUCAGAUGCAUUUCAAUAAUUCUGGCUAGGCAGGGCCAAAGGGCAUUAGUUAGAUACUUGCAAUAGUCCAGCUAAUUUUAUAGUUUUAAGCUAUCAGAUUUAUUACUUUCAUGUGCACAUUAUGCCGGAAACCUGAAGUAAAAACGCAGCAUGCUGACAGUAUUUGUAUGUCAGAUGCUGUCUGUCUUGUGUAUUCCUGUAUUCUUCAAUUUAGCACUCAGUUAGGAUUUGAACUCAGCUUCUGGGUUGCCAGUACAGCACACACAGGCUCUUAAAUAGCUGACAAAUGCAGGUAGUUAAUAAUGCAGGUAAGUAUUGAAUUAAGUGCCUUUGGCCUGAAAAUGUAUUGAUUAAUUGGUGACAUAAUUAUAAUUUAAUUAAUUAUAAUAAAUAAAUAAAUAAUGUCACUAAUUAAUCAAUACAUUUUCAAAAUGUAUUAUCAUACAUAAUUAUAAUUAAUGGCAUGAACAAUCCAGGGGCCCAGAUUAAUGCUCUAGCAUGGGGGCAUGGAUUCAUAUCUUGUCACAGCAACUGAUGGAAUUUAAAUUCAAUUACUCAGUUAAUUAACUUAAUUUAAAAUUGAAAGCUACUCUCUAAUGAUGACCAUGAAAUUAUGUUGGUUGUAAAACAAAAUGCAUCUUGUUCACUGUUCUUUAUCUUGAGAUGGAAAUCUGCUACUCCUAUCUGAUCUGGCCGACAUAUGACUCCGGAUCUCUAGCAAUUUGAUUCUUCACUGCUGUAAAAGACAGUCAGAAACUGGGAACAAAUGCUGACCCUGCAAGUAAUGCCAACAUCUCAUGAAUGCAUAUUAAAAAUUUUUUUAAAAUUAAAAGGUGUUAGAAUCAUGAGCAGUGCACUGGGAGGGGUGAUUAAGCAGCUAUUUAAAGCAUCAGUCAGUGGUACUGCAGACAUUAAGGAUCACCUAGACUGAUCAGUCAAUGUUUAAGAUUGGAGAGCUGGCAAAACAAUUAGUAAGUUUGUUAUGCUGUAUCCUUAUGGAUUUUUAAGAGUAUUUAUCAAAUUCCCUACACCCUUAUUCUCUUGAAUCUAUGAAGACUGUAUUGUGAUGUUAUUAAUAAUGUGUUCAAUGACUGCACUUCAGAACUGCUUUAUUCACUAUAAAAUGGUUUGGGACAUCCUAAGAUUGUGAAAGGAAUUAUAUAAUUGCCAGUUUUUAAAAAGAUUUCCUGAGCUGGCAGUGGUACAUUGUGUCACACUUGAUAAUCUGGUUGAAGAUUAUGUCUCAGCAGUACCUAUAGUUUUCAAUUGAAUCACUCUUCUGGUAGUUUAUUUUACCAUAUAUCUUUAGUGUGCCAAGAUGUAACAAGGUUUUUACUGUGAAUUAUUGACAUUUUUGUCAACCCUAGUGUCUACAGUCAAAGCAAAUUAUGUUAUGCUUUUUAAUUGGUUUAACAGAUGAUGUAGAUUGAAUUGCAAGGGCAAUUUCUGAAGUACAUUGAAAUGGCUUUCCAUUAGAAUUAACAGCUGGUCCACAAAUAUGCAUGAAAUGCCAAUGGGACUUUUCAUUUUUUUACACAUUUUAAACAGUGGAAAAACAGUGUAUAAUUUUUAUUGGCUUGUCAGAUUUGUAUUUUGGCAAAGAGGAGUGUAACAAAAAAAAACGCCUUGUUUGCUAAGUUUUAGAAGAUUUUGCACUUUUUGUCAUCGGUGUGCUAAGACUAUACUUGUGUAAGG